GACCGCGAUGCCUAUCAGUUACACGAAAUCGAAACGCAGCGGGAUGACGACGAUUCCACGGGCUCGAUCUCGUCGGGAGAGUACCGCAUCACCACGCGGCGCACCGUUUCACGGACCAGUCGGAGCAGUCGCGGUCCACGCAAGGGGGUCCUCGGGCGCAUUCAGCGGCUGUGGACAAGGAAUGUCGUGUUGACGGUUCCUCAGAAGAAAAACCGGGACUAUUUUGCCUUGGAGAGAACGUUCCUCGCUUAUAUUCGCACGUCGGUUGUUCUGGCCAUGCAGGGCGUCUUGAUCGCACAGCUUUUCCGUCUCGGGAACGCCUCCUCCCCCCAAGGCCUGGGGUACCACGAAGUCGGCAUUCCCUUAUCGGUCACUUGCCAUUGUGCGGCGAUCUUGACUGCACUGCUGGGGGCACAUCGGUUCUGGAAACAACAGGGGGCGAUCGCCGUGGGGAUUGUGUACGCGGGAGGAUGGGAGUUGAACUGUAUAGCAGCGUUGACUACCGGUGUGAGU